AUGCACGAGAGUCGAGAGGGUUGCCAACCUCAGACAACUCCACGAAAGCUUGGGCGCUGCCUAGCGGUGGCCGCCAGGGCCAAGGCGAACGUGGCGACGCCCAGCCCCGCCGCCUUCGACGACAACUUCCGGUCCAAGCGGCAGGAGGUGGCGGAGAUCUGCGACUUCGGCGCCGACGUGGACAUCACGCUGUGCGACUGGUCGACCCGCAACGCCACCCCGGGGCAGGGCCACGUCCCGCGCUGGGAGGGCGGCGCGGGCACGCUCUCCAACUGGAUAGGGGGGCCGCCCAAGGACGCGGGCGGCGGCGAGAGCACGGACAAGGGCGGCUACGCCUUCUUCGAGACGUCGCUGCUGGGCAGCGCGGACGUGCGCGUGCCCUCGUCGGCGAGCCUGGAGAGCGCGCCGCUGGAGACGACGGGCGCGGAGGGCAAGUGCCUGACGUUUAGCUACGCCAUCGACGGCCUCAGCGCGGCCGGGCUGCGCGUGCUGCUGCGGCCCGCCAGGCUCGACGGCGGCCCCGCGGGCGCGGAGCGGGAGCUGUGGGCCGCCAGGGACUCGACGGGCAAGCAGUGGCUGCCCGCCGCCGUGCUGUACACCUUCAACACGGAGCACCAGGUGGUGUUCGAGGGCCUGGCGCGCGAGGCCAGCGACCCGCGGCGCAAGUUCCGCGGCCACGUGGCGGUGGACGACAUCGCGCUCAAGGCGGGCUCCGAGUGCCGCGGACACUGCACCUUCGAGGGCGGCCUGUGCGGCUGGGUCAACGACGAGGACGACGACUUCGACUGGACGCUGGGCCGCGGCUCCAGGAACCCGUCCACGGGGCCGGCCACCGACAGGUCCUCGUUCGCGUACGGCGGGCUGCAGGGCGGCUACGCCUACAUCGACUCCAGCUUCCCGCGCCGACCCGGAGACAUGGCGCGCCUGUCCAGCGCCGAGCUGGAGCCCACGGCCGUGGACAGCCCGCUGUGCCUGCGCUUCUGGACGCACAUGUACGGCAACGGCGUGGGCACCCUGAGCGUGCAGCUCACCGACACGCGCGAGGAGGGCCACGAGCAGGUGCUGUGGACGCUGUCGGGGGAGUCGGGCAACGCGUGGUACCAGGCGCAGGUCACCGUGUCGUCCGCCAACCCGUUCAGGAUUGUGCUGGUGGGCCGCGUGGGGCGUAACAGCCUCGGCGACAUCGCGGUGGACGACGUGUCUCUCUCCACCGGCAGCUGCCCGACCGCGCCGCAGGUGGCGUCGUCCUCGCGCGUGGACUGCACGUUCGAGGUGGACGAGUGCGGCUGGGUGAACGUGGCGCCCCGCGAGCGCCGCGACGACAUGGACUGGGAGCGCGCGUCCGGCGCGGGCCAGCGCUCGCAGCUGCGCGACCACACCGUCGCUUCGGACAAGGGCUCGCUCAUGACGCUGGAGCGGUCGAGCGUGCAGCGCCCCGGCAGCAGGGCGUGGCUCACUUCCGAGAAGAUAAACGGAUCCUCCCAAGCGCGCUGCCUGUCGUUCUGGUACAUCAUGAACGAGCCCUUCGUGGACACGGCGGGGCCCAGCCUCGGCUCGCUGGCCGUGCUGGUGCGCGGCCUGGGCGAGGCGGCGGCGGGGACCCCCGCCCAGGCGGUGUUCCGCCUGUACAACAACCAGGGCCCCGACUGGAAGUACGCCCAGGUGGCCAUCACCGACACCCGCGACAUCACGCUCACGUUCGAAGGCAGCUGGGGCUCAAGCAGAGCCAACGGCAUCAUUGGCAUCGAUGACAUCGCCAUCUUCCCCAGCCAGUGCACCACCCUGCCGGCCGCGGCGGCGGUGCGGCAGGCCGAGUGCCACUUCGAGCGCGACACGUGCAACUGGUCCAACGAGACCAACGGCAUCUCGCCGGCGUCCUGGCGGCUGGCGUCGCUGGCGCGGCGGCCGUCCAGCCUGCCGGACAAGACCUUCGGCGCGCCGGAGGGCUACAUCUUCUUCGACCUGUUCGCCGCCAGCAAGAAGGGCUCCAAGGACACGGCGCGGCUGGUGUCGCCGCUCAUCCAGGCCUCCACCGAGGAGCCCUUGCAGUGCCUCACCUUCUGGUACGCGGCCUUCGGUGUGGGCGACUCGGCCGAGCUGCGCGUCGUCAAGGCGGACAACUCCAGCGGCGAGCUGACGCUGGACAAGCUGUGGGAGCUGCAGUCCGCCGGCAUGGACACGGCGCACCCCGUGUGGAUGCCCGCGCAGGUGCCCCUGGACCUGGGCCAGGACUUCACGCUGCUGCUGGAGGGCCAGGCCGUCAACGGGGGCUUCGCCGUGGACGACAUCACCCUCAGCCCGGGUUCCUGUCCAACGCGGCCGCCGUCGGCGAUCCCCAAGAAGACGGACGACAACGGCAGAUAGAAGGCCGAGGCGUGGCGUGACGCACUCGGCGCGUUGCUGUGACACUGUGAAACGAAUCUAGUCUGAGCGCUCUGCUCGCUCUGCUUCUCGGCAGUCGGCCACUGCGAAUACGAAUUUGAAUCUAGGAUAAGACCGGCGGCACCCGCAGCAUUUUGCCCUCUUGGGCCUUUCCCCUUCCCCGAUCUCAACGUGCGGCUGCGGGAGUCUACGCAAUUCGUCACUCUUCCUUCUUGCAUUUUCGGCUCGGUCCGAAUCAAAGUCUUCGUUUCGUUCUGGCACUUCCCUGUACUUCGCGCGGAAUUCCCUGCGUUCUCCUCUCAUCCUUCGGUCUAGGAGGGUUCUAGCGCAAGUUUCUUUUCGCUUUCCAAGUCCCAUUCGGUCGGGAGCUCGUCGGUCACAGGACAAACCUUUCUAGGCACUCGCCACUUACUCAAAAAUUAGUUAUUUGCCACCAUUUUCUACUUUUGAUCUCCAGAUGUGUGUGCAAAGUUUUCCUUUGUGUGAUACUAAGUACCUGGGGUACCCUGGGCCCUGGCAGCCACUCUUACAUUUACUUCCUAGGAUUUAAAAAAACCGUUCAACGGGUAUUCAACACCCGCGGGGCGGCGCUGACGGCCAGUGACUGUAUAUUUUUUUCUUUUUUUUUGUUAAAUGAGCAGCAAAGUUAUGAAAUAUGGUACUCUCUAUUAGUUGUCUUAUUUUGUAAAUAUGUAAAAAGUUAGGCCAUAGAUGCUUGUUGAAAGAACUUGUAUAGUUGGUAAUUCUCAAUGUGGCUGGUAUCUCUAAAACCAACCUUUUCCCUUGGAUUGUAUUCAUUGAUUUGAUUGUAUACAGUAAUACUGUGCUGUUCUCAGGAUAGAUAAAUAAAAUAAUGACAUUAAUUCAGGUUA